CAUGGCGGAGGCGGCCUUGGACGCGGUGCGGAGGGAGUUACGAGAAUUCCCGGCCGCCGCAAGGGCCUUUCCAGCUCCCUGUCUGAACCCCUGCUGGAACACUGUUGAGGAGCGGACUUCUCCGAGUCGGUGCAGAGCUUUAGGAGAAUCGUAGGCAACUGUACAAGUAAUCCCUGGCUCUUCCCCUGCUUCGUUUUAUUUUUCUCUCUCCUUGGUUCCCCCUCUCCCUCCUUCCCAAUUUUGUUUUACCGUUAAUUGGCAACACAGGCACGUGGUUUAAAAAAACGUAUUUGUGAUGUAAGCAUUCCUCCCGGUCUAGGCUCCAAUUUGCAUCCUCCCAGAAGCAGAAAUACUCCAAAUCUACACACACGCACAACUGUGUAUCUCCUUUUGUAUACAAAUGGUAGCCUGCUAAACACUUUUUUGCACUAUGUAUUUUGAAGACCACCCCAUAUCCCUCUUCCUCAGUCUUUUUCACACCUGUGUACUAGUGUGGUAACUUACUGAAUCAGCCUACUAUUGACAGGUAUUUAGGUCAUUUGCAGUCUUUCUUUUUACUAAUGCUUCAAUGAAUACUUUGAGCACCUCCAUAGUAAGCACCUCAAUGUGUUUAGGAUGCAUCAGUGAACAAAUCUCUGCCCUUAUGGACCUUACAUUCCAGGUGAGACAGCGCUAGACACACUAAAUGAGUUAAUUAUACAGUUGAAGAGAUGGAUUAGAAGAUAAAUGUGGGAGAAAAAGUAAAGCAGAAUAAGAGGUCUCAUGCCAGGGAUGGGGUAGGGGCAGGUUCUUUUUUUUUUUUUUUUUUAAGAUUUUAUUUAUUCGUGAGAGAGAGAGAAGCAGAGACACAGGCAGAGGGAGAAGCAGGAUGUGGGACUUGAUUCUGGGACUCCAGGAUCACGCCCUGGGCCAAAGGCAGGCACCAAACCACUGAGCCACCCAGGGAUCCCCUAGGGGGCAGGUUCUAAGUUUAAGUAAGAUGGUCAGGGUAGGUAGGCUGCCUUGAUAAAGCGAUGUUUGAGCACAGGCUUGAAGAAGGAGAGGAAGGUAGUGAGCCACUCAGACAUUUGAGAGAAGAGCAUUGCAGAUAGAGGGCACUCGGGCCCACUUCCUGAAGUGGAAGUGUGCCUGGUGUGUUCACGGAACAGUGAAAAGGCCAGUGUGUACAUGUAUGAGUAUUUUUGUUGGUUAGAUUUCUAGCAGAAGAAUUGUUAGGCCAAAGGAAUUGUUUGGGUCCCUUUUGAAAUUCUCUCACAUUGAAGCCUCUGAAGGGAGCAGUAGCCAUUCUCUAUAGGUCUUUUCAUUGAUGAGGUAGUAAAGCUGAAAUAAUUGCAGAAAAUACAGAAGGUGAAAAAAAAGUGGAAGUUUCCGCAUAUUUUAAGAAUCCCAGUGAGAACAAGAGGGAGAUUUAUAGCACCCCAAAUCACCUUCCCAAUGUGACUGCUUUGAUGGGCUGGCCUGACUGGGCUGGUCCUUUGCUCCCUUAUCAGCUUGGCAGGUUCUCUCUUUUCCUUCCGGCCGGUGAAGUAAGUAUAUGUGCCAUCUCUCUCCUUUUCAGUUUUGUUGAGUCCACCAGCAUCUUCCCACUUGGAGAAGACUUCCCCACUUCCCACUUUUUGAUCUAAAGACAUUUCCUUUCCAACUGCAAAGCAAAGAUGACCAGUGUGCAGACUGACUUGAGAGAGAGAGCGUGACCUCAGAGGUGAAAAUUAGUGCAGUGGCCUCCCACUGGGGCCAAGGGAUUCAGGCUGGAUCUCACAGAUGAAACUAAAAGUCAAGCCCUGUGUACCCUUUAUAGACGCUAGGAGAAAGGCAUUUCAGUCUGAGCAGCAGGAACGAAGUUUGGCUCCACCUGAGAGUGUGGUAAGGGGCAGGCACCAGACAGGAGGAAACCAGACUGGAAAAGUAGGUUGGGCCUGAUCAUGAUCAUGUAUCACCUUGAAUGCAUGCCAGAGUGGACUAUAAUUUAUAAACCAUCAAAGGAUUUUUUUUUUUUUUAACUAGGGGUAUGGCAAGAUGAGAUUGUAUUUUAGGAAGAUGACUGGGGCCAGGGUGAGGGAUGCUUUGAGAGGGAGUGGAAUUGAGCCAAGGGAACCAGUUCUUUACAGCAACCAGCCAGCCAGGAGAUAUUAGAGACUUUGAACCAGAAAGCCAAUAUUUACUGAGCACCUGCUGUAUGUUAGGGACCUUUCUAGGUCCUAGGGAUACAUCAGAGAACAAGAAAUGCAUCCCUGCCUCCAUGGAGCUUAUAUUUGAUGCCAGCAAGAGAGACUAAUGGACAGUUUUGCCAAGUGAAAUACAUAGUGCACUACAUGGUGAUGAACAAAAGGGGUAGAGAAGGGAAAAAAGGCAAGGGGUAUAGGAUUGUUGGGGACAGGUUCCGAUUUAAAAGGGUUGUCAGGGAAGGAAGCCUCGUUGAAGUAAUAUUUGAGGACCUGAGGAAGUAAUCUAAAGGUAGGUACUGGCAGAGGAAAGGAGGGUAUAGUCUAAGAGACAGAAGGUAGAAUCACUAGAACUUCGUGAACAUCAGUAGAGUGACAGGAGUGAGGGAGAAAGAAGAACUAAGAUUUGAGAGAAUCGACACAGGGCCACUGUAGACAUCUGCGCAGAUGGCAUACUGCGUGACCUGCAUAAAUGCAUGUGGUAGUGCUGAGUGUCUGAGGACGCUGAUGCUGUUUAGGAAGAUCAGAGACACAGUUCAGCCCUUGCUUUCCCUCUUACGGUUUUGUGUGCCAAUCUUAGGUUGUAAUCUUCUUGAGAUGACUAGGAUCAUCACUUUACCUCCACAUUGGCUAAACCAAGUGCUGAGUACAUUCUAGGUACUCAGUAUCAGUGUUGGAGGGUGCUUUCUAAAGUCUAGACUCACCCACAUCAGCCUGUGGCCUUGGGGCCUCAGUGCUACUCAUUCGGGAGCUCCCUGCACUGUCUAACUGGCUGCAUCUCCUGAUGGCUGGCAGGAGGUUGGGCACUGCAGGGUGUGAAAGCCGAGGUUUCACUGUACAGGGCUGGUCUCAAGGACGGUUGGGAUUUUAGGCUAAGCAGCAUCCCCUGGCCCUGUGGACUCUUAUAGCCCAGCUCGAUGUGUUUGUGGGUGCUUCAUGCUUUCUCCCUUAAAUUUCCCUCAUUCUUCAAUUCCUGGUUGUCUGGGGUCCCUUGGUCAUCAGUGGGCAUUAUCCAGUGGUAACAGCAUGUCCUGCCCAGGGAAUGCAUCUCUUAUGUAGGCAGUGGGGCAGCAACUGGGUGCUGUUGGCUUCAGCCCCUCAACCCUCCUCUUUCUCUCAGAGCUCAGUGUGCCUCUUGCUGUGCCCUACCUGGACAAGCCCCCCACUCCACUGCACUUCUACCGAGACUGGGUCUGCCCCAAUAGGCCCUGCAUCAUCCGUAACGCCCUGCAGCACUGGCCAGCCCUGCAGAAGUGGUCCUUCCCUUAUCUCAGAUGGUUAUGCAGAUGCUGUACGAGGGAAUCGCUUUGUGAUGCCUGCUGAGCGCCGCUUGCCCCUGAGCUGCGUGCUGGAUGUGCUCGAGGGCCAGGCCCAGCACCCGGGAGUCCUCUAUGUGCAGAAGCAGUGUUCCAACUUGCCCACUGAGCUGCCCCAGCUGCUGUCUGAUCUAGAGCCCCACGUGCCCUGGGCCUCUGAGGCACUAGGAAAGAUGCCUGAUGCUGUGAAUUUCUGGCUAGGAGAGGCGGCUGCAGUGACAUCUUUACAUAAGGACCACUACGAAAACCUCUACUGUGUGGUCUCAGGGGAGAAACGCUUCCUGCUACAUCCACCCAGCGACCGGCCCUUCAUCCCCUAUGAGCUGUACACACCAGCAACAUACCAGCUAACCCAGGAGGGCUCCUUUAAGAUGGUGGAUGAAGAAGCCAUGGAGAAGGUACCCUGGAUCCCACUGGACCCACUGGCUCCAGAUCUGGCCCGGUACCCCAGUUACAGUCAGGCCCGGGCCCUUUGCUGCACGGUGCAGGCCGGUGAGAUGCUCUACCUGCCGGCCCUGUGGUUCCACCACGUCCAGCAGUCCCAUGGUUGCAUUGCUGUGAACUACUGGUAUGACAUGGAGUAUGACCUUAAGUACAGUUACUUCCAGCUGCUUGACUCCCUUACUAAGGCCUCCGGCCUCGACUGAUGGAGCUCUGGUGAACAUUGCCAAUGACAAUUGUGGGAAAGGUCGUGGCCCUCCCUGGCCAGGUCACUUCCAGAGGCAACCUGGAGUCAGAGGGUGCUGGCUGCCAGCCCAGCUUGCCUUGGGAUCAUCGCUGGGGAAUUUGGGGCCAGACAGGUCUGGGUGUGGGCUCCCAGGAAGUUGCCACACUGGUGAGGCAGCAGCCUCUCCUGGAGGAGGAGUGGAGCUUCAGGUGCAGUGCUGCCUCUCACCAACACUGUGGCUUUGGGCGACUUGCCACCUUGGAGCACUGGUGUCCUGUCUGUAGAACAGAGAAAAUGGUGGAUCCUACCCCACGGUUGUGAGGCUUGGAGAAAGAUCUUUAAGGACCAUAAGGGCUGGCAUGGAGGGAAAUGUAUAAUAAAAGAUGACUGUGAUUCA